AGGGCCCAUCUCAUGUCCUCUCAGUAGACCCAAAGAUGUGAUUUUCAUCUUUCUCCUUCUGCACUUAACCAACUCACCUCUUUUUCUUCCACCUUCUCCAGUUCUACCUCCUCUCGAUCUCUUUCUCUUGUCAAGAAAAAUUACGCAAAUUAAAAUUCGCUAAUGAUGUCUGGUGACAGACCAAAAGAAUCCGUGGAUGAGGGCUCCUCGUCGCGAUCGGUUGCAACAACGGCCGAUCAUCAUCCUCAGUACUCUCAACACCAACAACAAGUUGUACCAGUUGCAGCAGCCGCUCCACUAAGCCGGUACGAGUCUCAGAAAAGAAGGGAUUGGAACACUUUCGGUCAGUACUUAAAGAACCAAACCCCUCCAGUUUCCCUCUCUCAAUGCAAUUGUAACCACGUGCUUGACUUCCUUCGCUACCUCGAUCAGUUUGGGAAGACUAAGGUUCACUUGCACGGCUGUGUGUUCUUUGGCCAGACCGACCCUCCUGCCCCGUGCACUUGCCCACUCAGGCAGGCCUGGGGGAGUCUUGACGCUCUGAUCGGACGGCUUCGAGCUGCCUUUGAGGAACACGGAGGUUCCCCUGAGACCAACCCUUUUGGAAACGGAGCUAUUCGAGUUUACUUACGUGAAGUCAAGGAGUGUCAAGCUAAGGCCAGAGGAAUCCCUUACAAGAAGAAGAAGAAGAAAAGAAAUAGUAAUUUACACAAGGCAAUCAGCUCUCAUGAGGAGCCCAAGGUUUUGAAGCAGUCUUCUUAGGGAUUCUCCUCUCAGGCUACGUUUCCCGCGGGGAUCAAUAUAAGAUUUGUUUUCAGAUCACGCAGCAGGACAACUGAAUUAAUGGGAUCAAAAGAGAUAUGAAAGAGAAAUGUCUCAAAAAAACAUAUGCCUGUAUCUCUCUUCAUAAUGUAUUUGCUCUUGGCUAUGUUUUUGCAAAUAGUAUGUAGUUAUGUUAAGAAUUUAUAUGUAGCUUUGAAUAAUUACUCUUAUAUAGCAAGCUAAAUCUCAAAGGUUGUUGCAUUUUAAUAACCAGUUCUUAUAAAGUGUAAGCUUUAGUUGAAUAUAUAUUUCUAUAUAAAUUAAAUACUUCUUUUAGAGGAAAAUGUUUUAAGAAUAGUAUAUUUGCUAGCUAAUAUAGUAAUACGUUAUACUUCUCUUUUUAUAAUAAUAAUUGGUACUAAAGUGCAUAGUUAA